AUGUCAAUCAAGAUAAAUAAAGAUGAGAGCAAGCGGGUGCACGUGUGGAUAAGGAGUGCCAUCGGCACGCCGAACAGGAGGCAAUACAAGCAUAAAAAUAUUAUGUAUCCCUAUUUUCGCAUGUACAAGUCACCAUACAGAGCGCGUGACUCGCGGACUCGACAGGCAUUCUGGCCAUGCGUUGACAAGUACCCGUGGCACACCCAUCAAAAGAGGUGGGUAAAGCCAGAAGAGCUAAAUGUAAAAUUCUUUUCCGAGUUUGUUAAUAAGCCGCCGGACAAGAAGAACCUAUUUGAGACGUGCCACACGCUGCCGUUCAAUGGAGUCAACUGUCUUUUUUGGAACCCGGUUUAUCUGAAUAGCCAUAAGUAUUUUGCGAAACGUAGCAAGGUGAAGAAGCAGGCGGACACGGCGGAGGAGGACACAGCGGAUGAGGAGAAGCAGGCCGUGGAUGGUGGGGAACACCCUGGAGAGGGGCCCCCCCCGAUGGGCGGUCACGCAAACCAAAAGGUGAUAAGGAUCAACAACUUCCACUACAUUGUGCACAGCCAGGCUAAAAACGGCCUCUAUUUUUACCUCAAAUGCAUCCGCUACAGCAUGAGGCCAUUCAGGGGAAAAAUAAUUGGAGAUCUCUACAUGAACGAAAGAAAGAUCCGAAGCAACAUCUCCACAAAUGGGAUAAUAAAUGGGGAGUGGAAAUAUUCCUUUCCGCAUGUUAAGAUAAGUGAAAAGUUUUCCGACGCCGCGUUGGAUGACCCUGUCGCGGGGGAGGAGUCCGGGGGGGGGGUACUUGCCCAGUUGGUUAUAGCGGAUAAGUACACCUACCGGCCUCCCCUGCCCGGGUGUUUUAGCGGGCCAUGA